GCUGCUCGCGGGCGCCCUCUCUGGUUGCGGCGGCGAAUGGGGGCGGCGGCGGCGUGUAGCAACGGGCGCCAGCUCGGCCGCUGGUUGUCGGGCGCCGCCAUGGAGGCCGCCUCAGCUUCGGCCGGCGGCGAGGCCCUUCGGCGGCUGGGGACGCUCCGCUUCGACAACCGGGCGCUGCGGGCGCUGCCGCUGGACCCCUGCGAGGAGAACGUGCCUCGGGCCGUGGCGGGCGCCUGCUUCUCCCGCGUGCGGCCCAGCCCCGUGCGGAACCCGCGGCUCGUCGCCCUGGCGCUGCCGGCGCUGGCGCUGCUGGGCCUGCCGGAGCCGCGGACGCCGCGGGAGGAGGCCGAGCUGGAGGCCGAGGCCGCGCUGUGCUUCAGCGGCAACCGGCUGCUACCGGGCUCGGAGCCCGCCGCCCACUGCUACUGCGGGCACCAGUUCGGCUCCUUCGCCGGCCAGCUGGGCGACGGCGCCGCCGUGUACCUGGGCGAGGUGCUGAGCCCGAGCGGCGAGCGCUGGGAGAUGCAGCUCAAGGGCGCCGGCCUCACCCCCUUCUCACGGCAAGCUGAUGGUCGUAAAGUUCUGCGAUCCAGCAUACGAGAAUUCCUUUGCAGUGAAGCAAUGUUUCAUCUAGGAAUACCCACAACUCGAGCAGGAGCAUGUGUAACAUCUGAUUCAGAAGUUAUUCGGGAUAUAUUUUAUGAUGGAAAUCCAAAAAAAGAGAAAUGCACAGUUGUCCUGAGAAUAGCACCAACAUUUAUUAGGUUUGGAUCGUUUGAGAUUUUUAAACCUACUGAUGACUAUACUGGUCGAAAAGGUCCCAGUGUUAACAGAAAUGAUAUUCGAAUACAAAUGCUUGACUAUGUGAUCAGCACUUUUUAUCCAGAAAUCCUACAAGCGCACGCGGACAAUAAUAUUCAAAGGAAUGCGGCUUUUUUCAGAGAGGUGACAUUGCGGACAGCAAGGAUGGUUGUUGAAUGGCAGUGUGCUGGAUUUUGUCAUGGCGUGCUCAAUACUGAUAAUAUGAGCAUAGUUGGUCUUACCAUUGACUAUGGACCAUUUGGAUUUAUGGACAGAUAUGAUCCUGAACACAUUUGCAAUGGGUCUGAUAACACUGGACGUUAUGCUUAUAAUAAGCAACCAGAGAUCUGCAAGUGGAAUCUCGGGAAGCUGGCCGAAGCCUUAGUUCCAGAACUGCCCUUGGAGAUCAGUAUGCCCAUUCUGGAAGAAGAGUACAAUGCAGAAUUUGAGGUGCAUUAUUUGCAGAAAAUGAGAAAGAAGUUAGGAUUCAUUCAGCUCCAGUUAGAAGAUGAUAAUAAACUGGUAUCUGACCUUUUAGAAACUAUGCACAUCACAGGUGCAGAUUUUACAAACACUUUCCGCUUGCUGAGCUCUUUCUCUGUAGACUCUGAUCCUUCAACACUGGAAGACUUCUUAGAUAAGAUUUCAAAGCAGUGUGCUUCUAUAGAAGAACUGAAAGUUGCUUACAAGCCUCAAAUGGAUCCCAGACAACUUUCAAUGAUGCUGAUGCUAGCACAGUCUAAUCCACAACUCUUUGCCUUAAUUGGAACAAAAUCCAACAUAAAUAAAGAACUGGAACGCAUAGAGCAGUUCUCUAAGUUACAGCAAUUAACAGCAGCUGAAUUGCUCAGUAGAAAUAAAGGACAUUGGAAAGAGUGGUUGCUGAAUUACAGAGUUCGGCUAGAAAAAGAAUUGGAACACGUUAGUAAUGCUGACACUUGGAAUGCUGAACGUGUGAAAAUUAUGAAUUUAAACAAUCCAAAAUUCAUCUUGAGAAACUACAUUGCUCAAAAUGCUAUCGAAGCAGCGGAAAAUGGUGAUUUCUCAGAGGUACAGAAAGUCUUGAAACUCUUAGAAAAGCCAUAUGAAGACAGAGAAAAUUAUGAGGAGGAGCCCACAGAAGAGGAAGCCGUGCCUGUUGCUGCUGCCUGCAGUUCCGUGACCAGAAACAGGCUUCCGUACAGUAGUAAGCCACCGCUCUGGGCUUCUGAGCUGUGUGUCACAUGAUCUUCGUAACUGCCUUGUUAGUGUUUUUCACAAAGAGGUCUUGAUUGUCUCACGAGUGGAGAAUACAGCAAGGCACAGUAGAAGUGCUAUUAAGUCACAGACAGAUUGUUUGGAUGUCUUCAGAGUCUCACCUUAACCCCGUUCAUGUUAUGAAAUGUGACAAUCACCCGUUCCAUGCACUGUUAAGGCUUUGGAGACAGACCAUUGUUCUGUCUUCUCUCCAUAACGCUCUAAGUGCUGUUGUAUUUUUACACACACGGAUCUUUGAACAUCCAAGUGAAAUCUGUGUUUGUGAAGACAAAAAUAGCAAACCAAAUGUUGGAGGUAUUUUUGUCUGAAGGUGAACUAAUGGUACUUACUAACCACAUUGAUAACAUUUUUAUUAUGCAGGGAUAUUGAUUCUCUCUCGGUGGAGAGCGAGUUUAAGCUCAUUGUGCUUAUUUUGAAGCUAUGUUUCAUUUAAUUGAGUAGUUCAUUUAUUGUGAACGUUUGCAUUUAUAUCAUGUUUUUAGAAACAUUGUCAUGGGGCACUGAGGAAAAGGCAGCAAUAACAUGCCUUGUGAAAGGGAAUACAGGUGGUUAAGAAAAUGAAAUUUUAUCUUCAACUCCAUUAUGUCUAGAGGCUUGAUCCUGCUAAGAUGCAGACGCAAGUGGGUGUGCAUCUCUGGAUAGGAAAAUGAACAUGCAAAUUGGCGCUAUGGUUGUGGUUCAGGAUUUCUGGAGGUGCACAUGCAAUUCAUUUAACUAGAAGAGAGAAUAGCAAAAGUAGUCUCCCAGAAGAUGCUCAGCACUGAUAGUGCCAGUUACUUCUUGAGAACUACUAGUCCUCUUUCCUCCAGUCCCAACAGGUGAGCCGAACACAUACUAUACAGUAUGGUGAUGGAUGACAUUUUAAGUCAGACUGCCCCAGCAAGAUAAUUUUGCAAAAAAUGUAUUAUUUGCUUUCCAUAUUUACAUGCUUUCAUACUUGCAUCUUUAUAUACUCUAUUUAUUUCCUAUGUAUCAACUUUUCUACCUCUGGAAAGUCUUCCAUUCUCAAACUUUGCUAAUUGAGGCAGAUGUUUGAUCUUGUUUUAAUAUCAUUUGAAGUUUAAAAAAAUAUUUGGAAUGGAAUGAAUCUCAAAAGAGAAACUUAAGUAUCAGGCUUAGUGGUUGGGUAAAAUCCUAAGCAGUAUCUUAUUAAAAUCUAUGGGGCUUUAAAUUACAACUUGAAAGUAACCAAAUUCAGUAGUGAAGUUUAUGGAUAAGCUUAUUCCUCCUAUAUUGUCAUUAAUUUUUAUCUUGAAGCUGUGAUAAACCUCCAAGGGUGUCAUGCCUGUGUUAAUGCAAGUGAACAUUUAAGAGCUGGGAAAGUCAACAUAGGCAUAACGACAUGGUAUACAAGAGAGAAAUCUUUGCAAAGAAUAAAACCUUGGAUUUAUUCAUUUCUCACUAUAAUUAGCCUGUCUUAACUGGGGCUUCUGAGAACCUUGUGUACAGAUGUUUCUAAAAACAUGCUCAGGGCAAGCGAUGGGAACAGAGCUCUUGUUUCAUAAUCCAACUUGAGAUAACCUUUGUCCAGUUUCUGCAAUAAAAAUAUUGUGUGCAAUUUUUAAGUAUGGCACUUUAGUACUGAUGGAAUUGAUUUUCUCAUUCUGCAUAUAAAAGCAAUAUCUAGCAAGCAUUCUGUUGACAUGUUUAUAUUAAAAGUUGUAGUUUGCUUAUUUUUUGACCUAGAAAAGUAGUAUUCUCCUUGAAGUGUAUAUUUGUACUAAGACCACCAAAUACCCACACCUUCAAAAUGUAUGAACUUUACUGCUCUUAUCUGGGAAAUGCCACUGGGAAUUUAAGAAACAAGUGCGUUGAUGGCAUGCACAAAGUUAGAACAUAAGCUGGCUGUGGGUGUAAGCCACACAAUCAAAAUGUGCAAAUCAUCCAUAUAUGAGGGAGGAGUGAUUUAAAAGCACGUGCAAAGGUACUAUAAAUGAAAAACACUGGCAAUUUAGCUUCAAAGUGCUCUGUUGCUCAGCUGAACAACUAGGCUGGCAUGGCUUUGUGGCAAAAGAGUUCAACUACAUGCAGUCAGUUUCUCUGCAAAGGACAGAAGUUUCCUGCCUCAGUCAGUGGCUUCCUCUUAUCUUAAUCAGGAUAAGACUAAACGUAAAAUCUUUGGGAUGCAUCUUUUGUUUAAGAUAGUUAGUGGGGGCCCCCAUGCCAAAUCAGAGUGUCAGGUAUGCCCCCCCUCCAAAACAAUUUUACUUUGGGUUUUCAUACAACAUUGUCAUGUGAUCAUCCACCUUCCAGGUUAUUGCUAGCUCCCAAAGCAGCUUUUGGAAAAGAGUGGAAGGUGCACAUUUUUAUAGCUCGCUGCCAACAUCCAUCAUCAUUUACCUUUGUGUUCACUGCAAGCUAUUUUUUAUCCAGUGCCAUAAAACUAGCAAUAUUCCUACCAUUUUUUUAAAAGCCUACUGGGAUGGUGUAUGAGAAGAAAAUGCACCCCAAACUGCUGUAGGGUUUUAACAAAAAAAUUGAGCUGUUAAAAUUGAAUACCAUGAAAUGGAGGCAAUAUGAACUAUUAUAGCCAAGUACCUGCCCAAACAGGUGUGUUUCUGGUUCAAGAGGACUUGACAGAGCUGAAAGCAAACCAUGUCCAUUAAGAAAACACAGAAUCCCUGGAAUUUUGGAGAUGAGUGUAUGACACCUAGAACUAUCCUAAAAUUUCUGGCUACGGAGGUCAAACAAUAAGCAAUGUUUAGGUCCACCUGUGUCUGUAAAAUUACAUUUUAUUUCAUGAAGCUGCUCAGACUGAAAUAGAGAGCCACGAUCUGCGAUGUAAACCUGGAGGUAGAAAUUGAGACAGCAGCCUGACUUGAAUACAACUCACCAUUCUCAAGUAGUGUUCUGUCUGUUAGAUACCUGUAGUCCUCUUGAUGUGAUCAAAAUUUAUCAGUGACUAGCACUAAGCCUCAACUGUGCCGUUUUGUACAAAUAAAGCUGAUUAAACUUU